UUUUCCUCGGCAGUGAUUGGUUCUUUCUUACACUCUUUUGACAGUCGAGUCAACACACUCUGUUCUAGUCAGUGUUCGGUCUUACUGCUAUGCUACUCCGAUUAGGGUUUUUCCUCGUUCCCAUAUCCGAAUUCAGACAAGUCGGGGACAGUUCCAACGGAUAUGGUGGAGAAGGAUUCUCCGAUGAGUAUUAAGCCCGGUUUUUUCGGGGUUACUGUCUCCGUUCUGCCCAUCUGCAGAAACAUGGUCUGGUCUCUCAUUGGGCUUCGAGAAUAGAAUACAUAUAUAUCCAUCAAUAUAAGAAGGGGAGAGCUCAAGGUUGUGGUGGAAAGGGGUGAAGUUGUAGUAGAGUAGAGUCACUAAGUGAAGCCAUGGGAGAAAUGGGUUGGUCACCUUUAUGGUUUCCUUUGGCUAUAUUGGGUUUCUAUGUUCUAAAAUGGGUGGUGAGGAGAAUAAAUCCAUUGAUCUAUGAGUCCACGCUUGGGGAGAAGAAGCAUUAUCUGCCUCCAGGAGACUUGGGUUUGCCUUUCAUUGGCAAUAUGAGGCCAUUCCUUAAAGCUUUCAAGGGCAGUGACCCUGAUUCCUUCACCCGCUCCCUCAUCACAAAGUAUGGAAAUACCGGUGUCUAUAAAACACACUUGUUUGGAAACCCGAGUGUAUUAGUGACGACACCGGACACUUGCAGAAGAGUGUUGGCAGAUGAUGAGUCCUUUGGACCAGGUUGGCCAAAAUCUACCAUGGAACUCAUUGGCAAGAAGUCCUUUAUUGGAAUAUCCUUUGAAGAACACAAGCGGCUCCGUCGUCUGACCGCUGCCCCUGUCAACGGCCAUGAAGCUCUUUCUGUCUACAUAGAGUACAUCGAAGAAAACGUUAUAUCCGCUCUCGAGAAGUGGUCCAAAAUGGGAGAGUUCGAGUUCUUGACCCAUUUGCGCAAGCUUACGUUUAGGAUCAUAAUGUAUAUUUUUCUUAGCUCGGAGAGCGAGCAUAUUAUGGAGGCAAUGGAACGAGUAUACACUGACCUUAACUAUGGAGUUCGGGCAAUGGCCAUCAAUCUUCCCGGUUUCGCUUACCAUAAAGGACUCAAGGCGAGGAAAAAGCUUGUGGCCAUACUCCAGUCGGCAGUGGAUGAACGCAGAAAUAAAAGGAUGCAGAACAUCACAUCCAAAAGGAAGGACAUGCUGGAUAAUCUUAUGGAUGUUGAAGAUGAAAAUGGAAGGCAUUUAGAUGAUGAAGAAAUUAUUGAUGUUCUACUCAUGUAUCUGAAUGCGGGUCAUGAAUCCUCUGGCCACACCAUCAUGUGGGCGACCAUUUUCCUUCAGGAAAACCCUGAGUAUCUACAGAAGGCCAAGGAAGAACAAGAGAGGAUCUUGAAAAAGAGGCCUGCUGGCCAAAAGGGUUUGACUCUUAAAGAGACUCGAGAAAUGGAGUAUCUUUCUCAGGUUGUUGAUGAGACGCUUCGAGUGAUAACAUUCUCACUGACGGUCUUUCGUGAGGCAAAGACUGAUGUCAAUGUAAAUGGCUAUCUCAUCCCAAAAGGCUGGAAGGUUCUGACUUGGUUUAGGAACGUUCACCUGGAUCCCGAGAUUUAUCCCAACCCAAAGAAAUUCAAUCCUGACAGAUGGGAUGAUGGCUUCACACCAAAGGCUGGUGCUUUCCUUCCCUUUGGUGGAGGAAGACAUUUGUGUCCAGGAAAUGAUCUUGCCAAGCUCGAGGUUUCCAUUUUCCUUCAUCAUUUCCUCCUGAAUUAUCGAGUGGAACGGAGUAAUCCCAAGUGUCCAGUGAUGUAUUUGCCUCACAACCGACCCAAAGAUAACUGCUUGGCCAUCGUCAGGAAAACCAAGUGGUAAUCACUCCAUGGAAACCAGAAGCAGCAGCAAAAGUAUAAUGUCAUGUCUCAGUCCUAAACCAGCCAUGUUGUGGUGUUUGUUCGUUCUUGCCUGAAUAACUGCGGUUUUCUCUGUUUAUCUCCCCUGGUUUGCUGUUGGUUGAAUAUGAAUGCAAGGUUAUAAGAUGUUUGAGGAUGGUUUCUUAUAAUAAAUAGAAUAUAAUAGUGGUGAGAUCUUGAUUU